AUGCCCAUCACAGGGCAACAGCACACAUACAAUUUGCCCCUGGCGAUGAAGCCCCCUCCGCUCUCGUGGCCCCCCAGCUACCCACCUCCCCCUGCAAUCAGCCCCUUUCUUCCUCCCCCGCCCCCCCUGCACGGCCUGCCUCCGCCGCCCCCCACGAGGCUGCUGCAGAGGGCGUUGCCGACCGGACCUCCGCCUCUCGGCUUCUUCCUCACACUGCCCCCCACCCCAGACCCCUCGGCCUCCAGGGACCUGGCCGUGCAGAACGUUCUCAUCCUCCCCUCGCUCCACUCUGCGCAGGCAGAAGACACUCCAGCCCCCGGCUGCCAGGGGAGGCAGCGGGAGGGGCUCCCAGAGGCUGCGCUACCCACCUCGCAUCCCCGGACCAGAGCCCAGGGCGAGGGUGGGGGGUCCGGGCCACGAGCGCCACGCUCAGCACCGGCAUCCAGCACAGCUGCCGCCCCGGGGCCGAGCGCCUGGAAGCCCCCCCCGGAGGCGGGAGAGGAGGCGGGGAGGCCGGGAGGCGCGCGGAGAGGGGAGCGCUCCCGGCGAAGGGAACAGAGGCGGAGGUGGGUGCGCUUCGCGCGGGGAGGGCUCGGGUGCGGACGCCGCGGUCCACCCAACACGAGCCGGGCCCCGAACCUGCGCCGCCGGGGCCCGCGGGAGGCCGGCCCGGCCCGCCCGGCCCAGGGGAGGCGCGCCCGCGACGCCACGCGUGGGGCCUGGACGCGGGCGCCUGGCGCCGGCCUCGCCUCCACGUGGGCAACCGGACGCGCCCCCGCGAUCCCGCCGGACCCCCCGGUCCCCCUGCCUCCCCCGGCGCCGCCCUUCUCCGGGGGGAAAGCCCGGUCCCGGCGGGCGGCGGGGGCCCGGGGGGCGCUCCCGACCCGGCGCCGCGGCCCCCCGCCCCAGCCGCACUCACCGCCGCCCGCCGCUCGGCGCCUCGGCCCGCAGCGCCCAUCGGCCCGGGCUCGCUCAGCGCGGGCGCGGCUCCCCGGCGGCCCCGGCGCGGCCCGCGGGCCGCCUGCCCUUUGUUUUGGAGCCGCGGCCCCGCCGCGCCGCCGUUAA